UUAUCUGUUUAGCUGUGUUUUUCGUGAAGCUUUAGUAGAAAUGGAGAGUGAGUUGGUGAGACGCAGAAUCAACCUGAUUGCAGCCCACUUUGCACCCACUGAUGAGAUUUCAACCACCCAUCUUCUGCCAAUGAACUGCAGUGGUAGUCUGAACUCUGUGCUUCGGAGAUGUGAUAAUAAGGUGUAUUUUGCACGCCAAACAUCUGCCUCUCUUGGCUUUUUUAUGAGGCAAACUUCAGUUGAAGAGGGUGGCUCAGCUUCCUUUAUUGCUCCUAAAACCCAUGGUGCUGCAUCUGAAAGGCCUUCUAAUGCAAGAGAACCAUGUUUUGCUAAACCUGCAAGGAAAGAAUCAGCCUUCUCAAAUUCAGUGAACCAAAGAAUGAAUCAGGUGCAGGGUUGUGAUUUUAGUAAACUGGAGCCUCCUGCAUUUGCCAGGCCAAGCACACAGAUUGGACGAGGAGACCAAUUGCAUGCUGAGAAAAAAAUAAGCUAUUCCGAAAUUGGUGGAAUUGAGUGGUCUCCAAGGAUGGAUGUUGUAGAAUCAGAAAGCAAAUAUAUUAUCACAGUGGAAGUUCCAGGUGUCAGUAUCAGUGACAUAAGAGUGGAGGUUGAUGAUAAAAAGUUGUCUGUCAAAGGUAGACGCUCUACUAGCUCUUUGACAGUUGCAGGUUGUCCAAAUGCUUCAUUUUCUUCAUAUCAUAAGAGGGAGAUACUCUAUGGACCAUAUGAGGUGAUCUGGCCGCUUCCUGCUGGUGUGAACAAGGACAGAAUAUCAGCUGAAUUUUUGGAUGGAUUUUUACAAAUUAUAAUUCCUAAAGUUUGAGUAUGACUCAGCAAUAUUGAUUGUAGCACAUAUAUGGUACACCUCAUGCAUUUGCUGAUCAUGGGUGGAGAGGGAAUGGUCGAUGUCCUGCAUGGAAAUCUGUUGUUUCUUCUUUAUGAGCUAUGUCCUGUGAUAUAUAUAAUGUAACGAACUUGGUUUCAUAUACAAAAAUAUAGUUGUACAAAAGUAUAGUUGAACAGAAAAUAUGUCUAAAUGC